AAUUUUGCUAUUAGUGAGGAGGUGCGAAUAUACGUUUUAGCCUGAGUUUAAGUUUAAUCAAUCAAAUAUGGCCCAAACCAGUGUUUCGAAUCAGUCAACGCUUUUACCUCUUGAGCUGGUAGAUAAAUGCAUCGGUUCUCGGAUACACAUUAUAAUGAAGAACGAUAAGGAAAUCGUUGGCACGCUAUUGGGAUUUGACGAUUUCGUUAACAUGCUUUUAGAGGACGUUACGGAAUAUGAAAAUACACCAGAAGGAAGACGGAUUACCAAGUUGGAUCAGAUCUUACUAAACGGAAAUAACAUAACUAUGUUGGUGCCCGGAGGUGAAUUAACAGAGACGGCGUAAUAAUGCGCUGGCAUUUUUCUGCUGAUUUCAACAAUUAAUUUAUUAAAACAAAUUAAUUUGGCU